AUGCUGCUAGAAAGAUUUCACAAUAAACUGCACGGGUCGCGUUUCUCGAAGCACUCGAAGAGUUCUUCCAGCAGCGAAACAAAUGCACACAAGGACGACGCAACAGUACCCGUGGGGGAAGUGAGCAUGGACGAAGAGAUGGCAGACGUCAAACCAGAGGAAGGUGCUGGAAACCUCAGCAUAAAUACCCACGUUGACAAUCUUCGUGGUUUUGUGGGAGUUAGCGGCGUCUCGACGCCUGUAACGACACCCUCCGCCCAACCAAUAGUACCUUACAUGUUCAUGAAUCAGAAAAGGCAGGAUAGCGUGGGUUCGUUUGCCAGUUCUAUUUCAGAUAUGCCGUAUUCGCAAGCAGGUCCCAGUAGAAGCAGCGUGUCCUCAGCGCCCACUUUUUCUCCACAAUUCAUGCGCCUUCUGAUGGACGUUUACCAAGACGUAUGUUCCGAUCCAACUGCAACACCUUUCGACACCACCAAUCCGCCUCCUGGUAUAUUGAAUAGAACUGCUAAGGUGGCCGUGGCAAGAGCAGAGGUUAAUGGGAUUGAUUAUGGACGCGAAAAAAGCGCCUUGUUGAUAAAUAGUGUCAGACAGAGACUACAAGUUGAGGUGCGCCAAGAUUGUUACUUGUCUCGCAAUAACUCAAUGGUGUCGCUGCCACCUAUGCCAUUAUUCAGUGCGGCCGAUAUGACACCUCCUGCUUCCUCUGACUAUUUUAGUAUGCAGCCUGAACAUCAACUUCAGCAGCCACUGUCGGCCCCUUUUCAGCUAUUAGGUUGCAGUUCAGGACAGCAGCAAUUACAUCAGCAGCAACAGCCCUUACAAACGCCAUUCGAGCAUAGGCCCUCUAUACCAAAGACCUUACAACGCUCCAGAAAUGACAGCUUUAUCAGCGCUAUGGGCCGCAGUCGUAGUGGAUCCAGCCAUAUAGCUCCGUUUCAGCAAAUACAAGCGUCUUCCUCUCUGGAACCAGGCUUUGCGAGAUCGAGGUCAGGCAGUAACGGCUAUUUUGCUUUGACGCCCACAAACUCCAUCUUGGGCGAUAUACAACGUCCUGCAGAGUCUAGACAGAGAAACAGUGACUCAGUAGCAUUCGAAGUUUGA